AUGGAUGAAAAGAAAAGUAAGAAGGAGUCUAAUGCAGAAAAUGACGAAGUUGAACAGGAAUCAUCUAAUGCAUAUGAAAGUACAGAGAAACCAACAGCAAUGAACGAGCAACUUCAGUACAAGAAAAACUCUAGCGAUCGUAAAGAACAUGAUGCACAUGAAAAAAAGGAGUUCACUGAUAAUAAAUACUAUAGUUUCUGCGAUUUUGCAUCAGAAAAAUCGGAUUCAUGUCAAGUGCAAGAUUCGAGAACAACAUUGGAAGAAGAUCCAUUAUUAGUUAGACAAGCAGCAAAAGAUUUUUCUACUGAAUUACAUGAACUAGAAAAGAAAAUUGAACAGAUAAGUGAAAAUGGAGAAGAAAAACUUGUACAAUCAUUUUAUCAACAACCAGUCGACGAUGAUCAUAAAAAAGAUACUCGUUCCGAGUCUGAACAAAAUUCUAAUUCUGAAUUACCAACUAAAAUGACAGAUACAGAUAAAGAUCAUUCUCUAAGAGAAAUCAUUGAAAUAAAUCAUCAUCCAGUAAUGAAUAACAAUCACCAAAAUGAUAGCAAAUUAAAUUUGCACAGUUCUGUUACAACGAACAACUCAACGAAGCCUGUUUUAGCUGAAGAUGACCUAUCAUCAAGAAUUACUGAUGAACUAGAAAAAUUUGAACAUGAUCCUAUUGUUCAUGAGAGUCGAUCUCGUAAAUCAUCAUUAACAACAGAUCCGGAAUUAUUUUCGAAACUUACUCAUGAAUUAGAGGAAUUUGAACACGAUCCUGCCGUUCAUGAAAUAAUUGUUCAUCAUCAAACAUCUUUAACUCCGAUAUUUGAAUCAAAUCGUCGAAUUGAAUUGUUCUAUAUGUACGAUGAUGAACGAAGUAAAUUUUUAGUCAAUGUGCUGAAAUUAGAAGAUGCUAUAGACCCAAAUAAAAAUCAUUUGAGUGAUUUGGAUAUCAGUGUAAAUUUAUUACCGAAUGAAAAUAACCAUAUAGAUCAAACAAUAAAAGUCGAGAAAUUGAAUUCACAAAAGAAUCACGCAUUUGAAGUUGUAAUAACGUACGAAAAUUUAAGAAAAAAAAUAUUAUCUUUAAAUAUUAAACAUAAAAGUGAAACACAAUUUGUCGGUCAAGUUAACCUUUCUUUGAGUGAUUUGAAGUCCGGCGAAAAACGUACACAAUGGUUUAGUUUACAGCCUGAAGUGGUUCUUAUGCCGGAGAUUGAUUCAAUUAAUCGUCGUUUUCGACCAUUUUUCACGUACUAA